GUACGUAGAGUAAGAGAUAUGAAGUUUCUAAUUCCUGGAUUGGUUGUAACUCUAAUUCUAACAAUUGUAACAGCGCAAGAUGAUGGCUGCCCUUGUCCUCGCAUUCCUGCUAAUGUUAUUCCGGUUUGUCUCGAAAACUGCUCGCCUUGUGAGGUGACCACAGUCUCUGUAUGCUGUUUAGAUGAAGAUUGUCCACACGGAUGCACUGGAUUUGAUAAUACUGCAGGAUAUUGCGAACAUGACUGCGAGUUCUACGAAGAUCGCGAAACUCGAAUUGAUAGCGAUUCAUGCGAAAUAUGUACAUGUGUCAGUGGUACAUGGGAUUGUUUCCGGGAUCCACGUUGUGGGUGUUGUUUGGAACCGGACCCUGGAACGUGUGAUAUCAGAGGCGACAUGGUAACUAGAUGGUACUUUGAUUGCGAGACCGGCGAAUGUAAAGAAUUUCAGUACAGUGGAUGUGGUGGCAAUGUCAAUAACUUUGUUAGAAAGGCCCAGUGCGAGCAUCACUGUGUAGAAUGCUGUCUCGACCCUGAUCCAGGUCCGUGUGAUGAGCAAACACCAGCUUGGUAUUAUGACCCGAGGGAUGAAACGUGCAAACAGUUUGAAUAUGGUGGUUGCGAAGGCAACAACAAUAAUUAUCCUUCCUGGAACGCCUGUUCGACUGCAUGUAGAGGUAAUCUUGUUGAAGUAUUUUUUUUAUUAUACUGUGCUUACUGA